UAUUUCUUUGUUAAUAAUUAGUCAAAUUAUUAGAUCGGAAAACCAGGGAAUGGAAUUAGGUGAACUGUGGGCGAUCUUCGGUCCCGGCGUCGCGGGCGCCGUGUUCGGUGCCGGCUGGUGGUUUUGGGUCGACGCCGUCGUUUGUAGCUCCGUCAAUGUCCCUUUCCUCCACUAUUUACCUGGAAUAUUUGCAACUAUUGCGGCUUUGAUGUUCAAUUGUGUUAGAAGAGAGGAUAUCGAUUACUCUCCUUACGAUGACGGCGAGUGGAGGUUGAAGCUCUGGCUUUUCUUUGCUUAUGUUGUAUCCUUCGUCUCACUGGCUGCUUCAGUGGGCCUCUUGAUACAGGACUCGAUAGUGAAAUCUGGUCCUUCAGUGUGGACUGGUACUGCAGGUGUCUUACAGUGCGUGUUCGUCUUAAUCAGUGGGCUGAUAUAUUGGACUUCGCACCCAGAAUAGCAUAUAGCUCCAAUCUAAUCCGGCAUUGCACCGGAACUCGAAAGUAAGGCAAUGGUAUGUGCGUGUUUCCUCUGUAAUUAAUCAAUGGGAUUGAGAUGGGUAGAAAAUUGCUUCACUUUCCAUAAAUCUUGUAUUAUACUGUUGUCUUGAGCUGAUUAUGAAAGUACGGUUCAUGGUCUGCUCAUUUGAAUAUUUGUGUGAUUUUGCUAAGUAUUUCGACCAACUGUGCUCUGUCAAUAAAAUUGGUUCAGUUUCAAUCAAA